UCUUCCAGCUCCAGUCUCGUCAGCUCGUCUGUCUCGUCUCAGCGGUCUCAGCUCAGCCGUCUUUUCAUUGGUAUAGAAUAUGUUUGAAAACAUGAGAAUUUGAUGUUUUCCGCAGUAUUCCUCUAAUUUAAUUUUGCCUAGAUUAAAUUCAAUCGAUAUGUUAUUCUACAAUUUACCUGACAAUGAGAUGUAAGAUUAUUCGUGAAUUUGGAACGACGCUUUAUUCUACGAAGCAAUGAUCUUACUAUAUUCAUAUUAUCUGUAACGAUAAAACAUCAAACAUUCAAAUUGUUUUUGUAUCUUGCUGUGAUUUAGUAUUGUAAUAAUAAUUCAGUCAUAAACAUGUCAUUGUGCAAAGAUGGAAAAGUGAGUGUAUUUUGUUACAUAACCGCUUUGGUUGUUAGUAGUCUUCCACAAAUAUUAUUACUUUGUGGAUUCGAUCCAUUUUCAAAUGGAAUUUUCCACAAUGUUUGGAUCCUUCAUGUCUUUCAAUUCAUCGUUCUCAAUAUCCUCAUACUUUUUCCCUUUCGUGGAUUUACUUAUCAGGUUGCCAUUCGGUCAACUUUUUUGGGUUACGUGUUCGGGGCUGGCAUAUUAGUCCUCUUAUUGGCCCCAGCUUCAUGGCAAUGUUUUGGAAUUUACAUGGCUGUAAUGGCCACUUUCCAUUAUUCUGAAUUCUUGUCGAUUGCAUGGACGAAUCCUAGUGCAAUAUCGAUUGACAGUUUUAUCCUCCAGCACAGUGUACCAUACGUCGUAGCAGCCUGUGUCAGUUGGAUUGAAUUUCUAGUAGAACAUCAUUUCUAUCCUUCCCUCAAAGAGCUUUCUAUUAUUUCCUACAUUGGUCUGGCAAUAUGUGUGAGCGGUGAAGCACUCAGAAAAAUCGCAAUGUUUACGGCCAAACAAAAUUUCAAUCACAUCAUUCAAACCGAGAAAUCAACGGACCACAAACUUAUUACUCAUGGAGUCUACAGAUUUUGCCGGCAUCCGAGCUAUGUUGGAUGGUUUUAUUGGUCCAUUGGCACUCAGUUGAUUUUGAAGAAUCCAAUUUGCCUGUUGGCUUACGCAGUGGCGUCUUGGAGUUUUUUCCACGACCGCAUACUCAUCGAGGAGAUAACGUUAUUGACAUUUUUCGGAGAGGCAUACGUCGAGUAUCAGAAGAAAGUUGGCACUGGAUUGCCCUUCAUAUCCGGUUAUCGAAUAAGUUUAUAACGCAGUGACGAAGUUUGAAACAAUGUAAAUAAUUUAUGUAACAUACACUGACUCGGAUGCAAAUCCGCUUCUUAAGGAGGGUGGCUACAUUCGUCAAAAUGAUAAGAAAUUGAUCAAAUUUGGUGAUAA